AUGUUUUCUAAAUAUUAUAAAAAAGAAGAGAAUAAUGGCUUUAUUAGAAUACACUACUUUAAAAAAAUUGAAACUGAAAAAAUUGAUAAAAAUUUAUUAAAUUUAGAAAAAGUAUUUAAAAAUGAUGAGAUAUUUUUAGAUAUGCAUAUAAAUGAAAAAGAAAAAAAUAAUUUUGAUUUUUUUUUAAACGAUAUAGAAGGUAUAAAUAACAUAAAUUAUUUAGAGGAAUGGGUAAAUAUAGAUGUAUCCAAUAUAUAUAAUUUCAUCUUAUAUGACAACAAAUAUUGUAAUGAUAUAACAAGUGAUAAGAAAGGACAUUUGAUUUUAAAAUUAAAAUAUACAAAUGAAAAUAAAAUAAUAACUUCAUAUUUUAAAGUUAACUGUAGAAAUGUAAAAUGGGAAAAUGAAAAAAAAGUAUGGCAUAUACCAUUAUUUUACAUAUUUGAAAUAUCUAAGCUUACAUUAUUUUUAGGUGGAAUGGUUAGUGAUUUAGUUCUUUAUUAUUUAUGUAAGCUUUUUAAUCAUUUUUCAAGUAUUAAAAACGUGAAUAACUUGAAAAUGAAUGAAUUAAAUAAGGAAGAAAUAAGAAGCGAUGAUAUUAACAACAAAAGGGAUAAUAGAAAAGAUGACAUACAAAUAAAGGAUAAUAUUAAUAAGAAGAAAGAAAUGAAGUGUAGUAUUAAAUUUAAUGAAAAUAAAAUAGAGGAAAAUAAAAUGGAGGAAAAUAAUGAAAUUAAUUGUGAGAAGGAUAAAUUAAAUAAUAAUAUAAUAAACGAUAAUCAAAUUGAUAACAAUAUUAACAACUUUGAAAAUAUAAAAAAUAGUGAACUUUUGAAUAAUAAUUAUAAUACGGAUAAGAUAGGUAAUAACCAAAAUAAUAGUAACAUAAAGAAUAAAUCUGAUAAUUCAUUAAAUAACAAUUGUUACAAUUUUGAUAUAUUUGUUAAAGAAAACAAAAUUGAAUUUAUUGAAUAUUUAAAAAAGGUAAAAAUGUUUAAGAUAGAACAUAUAAUUAUAAAUAAUAUCAUAAAAAGUGAUUCUAUGUUUAUAAAAAUUUUGCCGUAUAAUGAAGAAAUUAUAAAAAAAAUUAAAGAAACCAAUUUAUUUCAAUGGAAUAAAACUGAUAAUAUAUGGAUAAUAAAAAAAACAAAUUUUAAGAAUUUUUAUAUGAAUAUUGUAAAAUUCUUUGAUUUUAAAAUAUGUUCUUGCUAUGAUUAUUUUAAAAUAUCUAAGCUGAAAUUGAUUGAAAAUGAAAUAAAUAAAAACAACAUAAUGAUUAAUAAUACAAUACUAAAUACAGAAAACAUAAAAAAGAAAAGGAAAAAAAUCAUAAAUGAAAUAAAAGAAAAAGAAAAAAGAUUUAAGAGGACAACUAAUUAUGAGAGUACUGAUUCUUCCUAUUCAGAUGAAUUAUCACAUAAUGUGGAUUCCAGUUAUUAUGAAGGGAGAGAAUUAGUGAAUAAAAUAAAAUUGAUAGGAGCAGCAAAUAAUUACUAUAAAGAUAUAAUAUAUAAUAAGUUAAAUAAGAUAAAACAUUUGAGACCCCCAAAUUAUACUUAUGAUCCACAAGGAUUAAUAACCAAAAAUGGAGCAGGAACAAAAGGUAUAGAAAUUUAUGAUUUACCAAGUGAUAUUAAUGAAUGGAAUAAAAUAAGUUUUUGUAUAGUUCCUAAUGAAAAAAUUAAUGUAGAUUUAUAUGAUCCCAAAAUAUUAUGUAGUUUAGUUAGUGAUGUUUAUUUACUUAAAGAGAGAGCAAUAGAUAUUAUUUUAAAAAAAUAUAAAAAAUGGCCAGAAUACAGUGAUGUUUUUUGGAAUACUAUAUGCUCAGAAAAUGAGUUUAUUGUUUGUAAUAAAAAUUUCAAUACUAGACAAAAAUUAGCACAUGAUAGAUUGUUUAAUAAACAAUUUUUUUAUAUUUUUAACAUUGAAAAUGUUAAACAAUCUAAUUAUUAUGAUCCCUUAUUUUUAUGUAAAACUCUAAUUAUUUUAGGAGAAGGAAAAUUAGUAAAGGAUCCAUUAGAAUCUGAAUAUAUCAUUAUUUCUAAUUCUAAUGAUCAAAAUGCUAUUUCUUUUUAUAAUUCUCUACAAGAAAAAAAUAAAAAAAAAAAACUCCCAUUAUUUGUAACUCCUAGUUUUAUAUAUGAUUGCAUUUUAAAUUAUUCUAUUUCCUAUCCAUCCAAAAAUAAAAACCAUUUUUCAUUUUCAUAA